AUGAGCCUAUAAAAAUUUAUUCAAAUCAAAUAAAAAAUUGCUUUAAAUAAUGAGAAGAAUUUUACAAGUAUUUUCGAAUUAAUUCAAAGUAGCUAGUAAAAAUGUUAAAUUAACAACUCUAUUGAAUUAUUAGAAUUAGAUUGAUUAUAAUUUGAAAAUAGAAUAAAAUUAAAAAAAAAAGGAUGAAGAGAUAAUAUAAUUACAAGAAUUUAAUGCUUAUUAUUAUGCAGAAAUGGGUAAAAAAUUAAUAUUACGCAGCUGAGGCGCUUUUAAAAAUGAAUCGAUAUAUAGAAGCACUAUAAUGUUAUGAUUAGGCCAUUAAUAGAAAUCCAGAUGAAUCAUAUUAUUAUGCAUAAAAAGGUUAAAACUGUUACAUUAAAAUAGCUUUUGUGCUCAAUUAAAUGAACAAACUUGAAGAAGCAUUAUAAUCAUAUGAUUAGGCCAUUAAUAGAAAUCCUGAAUGUUUAAAUUAUUAUGCAUAAAAAGGUAAAAACCAUAAUCAUGAAAAAUAGCUUAUGUGCUUAGUUAAAUGAAUCGACUUGAAGAAGCAUUAUAAUUAUAUGAGAAUGUUAUUAAAAGAAAUCCUGAUAAUUUUGACUAUUAUAUUAAAAAAGGUAGAAACUUUAAACACAAAAAUUAGCUAAAAUAUUAAAGCAGAUGAAUCGACAUGAAGAAGCUUUAUAAUUAUAUGAUUUUGUUAUUGAUAGAAAUCCUGAAAAUAUUGAUUAUUAUGCAUAAAAAGGUAAAAGCUUUUCACAUUACAAAUAGCUGAUUCACUUCAUUAAAUGAAUAGACUUAAAGAAGCAUUAUAAUGUUAUGAUUAUGUCUUAAAUAAAAAUCCUGAUUCUGUGAAUUAUUAUGCAUAAAAAGGUAAAAUCUUGAAACAUUAAAAUUAGCUGAUGUGCUAGGUUAAAUGAUUAGACACGAAGAAGCAUUAUAAUUAUUAGAUUUUGUUAUCGCUAAGAAUCCUGAUUAUAUUGAUUAUUAUGCAUCAAAAGGUAAAACUUAGACAUUAAGAAUAGCUGAUACACUUUAAAAAAUGAAUCGACAUGAAGAGGCAUUAAAUUACUAUGAUGAAGCGAUUAAUAGAAAUCCUGAAUGUGCUAAUUAUUAUGUAGCCAAGGGUAUCCACUUCAAAAUAUUAAAAUAGCUGAUGCACUUCGAGAUAUGAAUAGACAUGAAGAAGCAUUAAAAUUUUAUGAUUAUGCUAUUAAUUGCAAUCCUGAUUUUGCUUAAUAUUAUGGAUUAAAAGGCAAAAAUUUUAAACAUUUUAAUUAGCUUACACACUAAGUUAAAUGAAUCGAUAUG